UGAUGACUUUGAAGGCAUCCACUCUGAACAAUACCACUAUGCAUUGUCCUCUGUGGAGGCUUACCUUUACCACCAACAAAGCAGUGAGGAGCACGCCACCGAGUUGGUGAACAAGAUGAUCGACAACUAUUUGAAGCUGGACAAGGACUCCAAGCUGGACGCGGUUACCUUGAUCUCCUUUGCGAACGCUUAUGCUCUGAGACCAACUCAGAUUAAUGACGCUUUCAAGGAUGAUCUACCAGAGGCACUCAAGAAGGCUAUUCAAACCGCCACAAAGUACACUCCACGUUCUUCUUCCGAGUUCAAGAACACUGGUGAAAAGCACAUUGCAGAAGGCUACUUAGUUAGUAAGCAAGGCUCUGAGAUUUUGCCAAAAGAAGGUGAAAGAAACAUUCUUAUCACUUCCGCUUUACCAUACGUUAAUAACGUU